CCUUUUUGAGAGCUUUUGUGAAUAGCAACUCUUGCCAACCAAACUCAAAUUAAGACACAGGCACACAUUCUCUCUCCCUCUUUCAUCCACAUGCACACAUUCUCUCUCUCUCUUCCAUCCACAGGCACACAUUCUCUCUCUCUCUCUAUCUUCUCUCUCUCUCUCUCUCUCUCCCUUAAUUGCUCACUUACGCCAUUUGUGUGAUGAGUUGGUGGAUCCAUUAAACUCCCUGCUGAGGUGAAAAAGGUACCAUUUCUUCAUCCUCUUCCCCUUUCUUUCUUUUCUGAGAACAAUUUCCGUAUUCAUCACUUAUUUCCAAAGUUUCGACCUUUAACAACGCUUCUGAGCUCGGGAUACCCCAUCAUUCAUUUAAAUGGAUUUGGGCAAUAAGGAAGUGGAAGUGGAAAAAUGGAAAAUAAGCAGAUUAGAACCAUUCCCCAAUCCAAGAAUCUAGGUCAAAUUAGGGUUUCUUCAAUUCAUGGAGCUCUGGUUCUGCACACAAUGGGGGAACGGUGUUUCAUGGAAAUCUGGUUGGAAAAUGGUGGGUGGUUGUCGAGACUCGAGCCAUUGAUUUGAUGAUCUGACGUGAUGAGCCGAGCUUCAUCGCUCUCCCCAAAGCUCGAUCCCAAUUCUAGGCCUGAUUUGAACGCUCUGAAACAAUGGGUUGUUGGGUUCUGCAUAAUUAGGUUUGAUCUCGAACAGGGGCAAGUGAUCGAGGAGUGUUACCCACCCGGUUUGUUCAGUCAAGAUGAGGAGCUCGACAUUGCUUUCAGUUCAUUCCCUGACUCCAUGUCUCAGCACCAGAAUCGGUCGAGUAUCCAUGACUGUAUGUUCUUCUUUCGAUUCAGGAGAAGGGGAACACCCCCAAUUAAUAAAUUAUCAGAAAAUUCAGAAGAAAUUGUAGUUGAAGAGCAGUCUACUUCACAAAUUUCAGAUGUGAUUUCACUGAGAAAUGGUGUCUCUCGAGAGAGAGCUGGAAGUGGUAAUGGCAGUUGGGCUAAUAAUUUGCUUCCAAAUGCCAUCACGAACAAAAUUUCCAAUGGGUUGAAGAGCAUAUAUUCACCCGAAAAUAAAAAAUUGGGUUCUUCUGGUUUGCUGUCAUCAAAAGAGAGCUUGCAUAUUCUCAAAAGGUCAAGCUCCCAUCAUGGUUCUAGAGUUAAAGGAGGGCCUAAAUACCUCUAUGGCUAUGUUUUCAAUAGACAGAGGCAGGACGAAAGGUUGAAGCGUGGAGGAGAACAGAAAUCAGUCGUGAUCUUAUCUUAUAGACCCUACUCUAGCGUUUUUAAGCCUCUAUUACAGAUCUUGGGGCAUUUAUGCUUCGAUAUUGGUAAGAAAGCUCUUGAGCACAUUGCAUUUUAUGUAUCUAAAUGGCCAACUCCUCAACUUGGUAAGCUAAUGGAACUUCCUAUAGGAAGUGCUACUCUGAAAGUCUAUCUUCCUCCUGCUCAUUGCUUGCCUGCUGAUGAUGGGAGCUUAGAGCAAGAGUCGUUUUCAGGCAUGGCUCCUUUUACCCCCACAAAUCAAUAUGUUCCGCAAGGUAUUUUUCAUGAAACUGAUAUUUUUGGGAUAUUUAGGGGUAUUUUAUUGCAGCUGUGGGUGCUAUGGGAGAUCCUGAUUAUUGGGGAGCCAUUGCUUAUAUUUUCUCCCACACCUUCACAGUGUUGCGAAGCAGUUGCAGGACUUAUCAGUUUGGUGGCUCCCCUUUUCUGUAGUAUUGAUUUUCGACCUUACUUCACUAUUCAUGACCCCGAUUUUGCACUUCUUAAUUCACUUAAAGAAGGAGAUCGAUUCCCUUCAAUGAUCCUUGGAGUAACAAAUCUCUUUUUCUUGAAGGCUUUACGUAUCAUACCUCACGUUGUUUCAGUUGGUUCUCCUAUUCCAAAUUCAAGCAAGCUUGCCCUUGUUUCGAACGAAAGGAGCAAUACCCAAGAGAAAUCAAAUCCUAAUCAGUUAUCUUUAAAUAAGUUCUCACCCUCGAAUUUGUUGAAUGCUGUGAAAAUGAGGAGAGAGGGGCCUCUUAUUCUCAUGACUGAGUAUAAAGAAGCAGUUUGGAGCUCGUAUAAUGCGACCACAAAGCCGGACACUGGUGUCUUGAACCGGCUUGUGGAUGCAGGGUUGUCACCUAGAAUCGAAGAGUCCAUGUCAGUUGUGAAUAACGAGAUCUUACGAAGGCAUUUCUUGGAGCUCACGACCAAUUUCCUUGCUCCGUUUGGGCCUUACUUUAGGGCUAUCACACCAUCUGAAGGAACAUCACCUUUCUGUGAUCCACCACCUCUUCCUGCCUUUGAUGCUCGUGAGUUUUUGGAUGGCCUAUCUGCAAGAGGUCCAGGAAAAUUUAUGUCUAAAAGGAUGAGAGCAAACUGGCUGGACCUUUAUAGGCGCUUCUUGACUGGGCACAACUUUAUGCCAUGGUUCCGAAGAAGGCGGUCCAUUGCUGAGCUAGAGCAGCAUAGACUGUGGAGGCAGGUUAGGAUGAAGGCUGACAUUCAGCAGUUCGUCUCAAAAAUGAGUGAAUUGGAGAUUGUUGAUUGUUUCCACUUCAUUGAAAGGCAUAUUCUUGGAGAGAUACAGGUGCAGCAAGCGGGAAAGGGCGAUACAGAUUCAGCAAGGGCAUGCCAGAAACUAAAGUCGGAUCUCAAAACAGUGUUUAAUACGCUCCCCAAAGACACACAGCAGCUCUUGAUUUUCAAUCCGCAGUGUGCGGCUCUUUUACAGGGCAGCCUAGAAUUGACGAGGCUGCCCGGUCGGCCUUCUGUAUUAUUAUCUGAGACGAGCCUUUCCAGUUCACCAAGAUAAAACAUCAAACAUAAAUCUGAUGUCAAAGUGUGCUAGCGUUAGAGUGCUUGUUAAAUCAAUUGUUUAAGCUUUAUCCAGUGUCCAAUUGCUUUC